CCUGGUGACUGCUGGCCCUUUAAGAGUAGCGGGAGGGGGCCCGGAGCAUCUUGGCUGCGGUGUUUUUGUCUCCGACAGUGAGCGCUCCUGGGCCGAGAAGGCUGAAAGGAUUUCCUGAAGGCAGGUGCUGACUGUAAGAAGGCAAGUACAGUAUAGUAAAGGAGAGGAAGGAGCCUGGGGAGGAGACAUCCCAUCCUCGCAGUGCAAGCAGCUGGUGAGAGUUUAUGUGAUUGAAAAGCAGCCACAGGUUCAUUAUGGCUCAGGUGCUGCACAUGGACCCCAGCUUCCCAGGGAAACUCAACCCGCCUGCUCCUCCUUCUCUGCACACCAAAGAACAGGAGGCACCCUACUCAGUGGAGACCCCCUAUGGCUACCGUCUGGACCUAGACUUCCUCAAAUAUGUUAACGACAUUGAAAAGGGGAACACUAUUAAGAAGGUGCCUAUCCAACGCCGGCCACGCUAUGGCUCCCUGCCUCGUGGCUAUGGCUACGCUGGCUCCUGGUGGACCUCCACUGAGUCUCUGUGCUCAAAUGCCAGUAUGGACAGCCGGCAUUCCUCCUAUUCCUACUGUGCUCCAGGCUACCACACAUCACAGAGGCCUAGCUUUAGUACUGCUCGGGUAGAAAAAACGCUUUUAGACGCUCGCAGGAAGCUAGAGGAGGAAAAAGAGGGGCGAAGAUUUUCCAACCUGGGCAGCAUGCAUAGCAGUGUAGCAGGUUCUAACACCUCCCUCAGCAGUGCACACAGCUUCAACCGGGCACAGGGUGGAGGUGGAUCCUUUACUCCCAUGAGCUCCGGCCUGUCUACCCCAGUGACUCCAACCCCUGCCCACUUGCAACAUGUCAGGGAGCAGAUGGCUGCGGCUCUCAGGAAAAUAAAGGAGCUUGAGGAGCAGGUGAAGACCAUCCCUGUGCUCCAGGUUAAAAUCUCUGUGUUGCAGGAGGAGAAAAGGCAGCUCAGUGUCCAACUCAAGAGCCAGAAAUUCCUUGGGCACACUCUGGGUUUCAGCCGAGGUCGUCCCCGUGGGGAGCUCUACAUUGAUAUCCCAGAGGAAGAGGUGAGCAAUGGAGCUAAGAAUAACAAGACACCAGGGCCAAUGUCUCCAACCACACCUGAAGGCUCCAAGCAAGACUCAGGGUGUGAGAUUGAAGACACAGUGAUUGUGGGUGGCGCGCGACCAGAUGUAAAGCGGGAACUUCGCACGAUCGGAGUGGGACCAGAAGACAUUAGGGGCACUCGUCAUGUUGGGGUUUGGGUUCGAGAAAAGGAUCUGGGCCUGAAGCCUGAGACAGAAGCUCUCAGAGAUCAUGUAGGUCAUCUUGAGGGCAAGUUAAAGAGGACAAUGCAGGAGCUGCAGGCUGCACAGCAGCAAGUUGCAGCUGUACAGAAGACCCCUCAGGCAGAGCAUCCAGUAAUGGCAACUAGCAUGGGCUGGCAAGAACCACAAGGCUGCAGUCUGCACACACUGGUCAGCUUCACGCAGCAGCCACAACAGAGGGAAAAGAGAACUGUGGGGAUCCAGGUGUACACACUAGAGAAGCCUACUGUGGUGGAGGUGGGCACGCGGCUCCGGGCGGAAACCUGCAGUUCUCCACCUCCUCAACCAGUGAGUGGGGUCGCUGAGAGUCACCACAAAGGACAAACUGAAGAGGCUCCCCUUGAAUUGCCAAUUGCAGUCAGCUCCAAGCAGGUACGAGAUGUCCUGAGAAGCGGGCUGUCCACCUCAGUACCUGUGUCUAAUCCAGCAGUUGCUGUAACAUCCGGUAAUCAGACUGGUUUAGUGCAUCCUAAAGAAGAAGCAUAUACAACCAAUGACUAUGUCCAGUCGCAAGAGGGUUCAUCUAAAGCAGCCUCAUCUCCUCAGUCUUCUCUGAGAUCAAUUAUGAAGCGGAAAGCAGAAGGUGAACCAGGUUCUCCCACUACAAAGAAAAACCUACAGUUCAUUGGAGUCAAUGGAGGCUAUGAGUCCACUUCAUCGGAUGAUAGCAGCAGUGAGAGCUCAGAUGAGGGGAGUGACUCCAGUGAAUACCAUGAAGCCAGAGAAAAACUACCAGACACUAACAACCAGCACCAGCAAAUAACCCAUAACAAGACUUCACAACCACAAGAAGAAAGCACCAGCGUACCUCAACAAACUGCAGUCAAACUACCAGCUGUCACAGAGUUGCAGCAGAGUCCCAGCCAGCCUGCAACUGCAGACACAAGACUGUCUGACAAAGCUCCUUUGUCACCAGCAACAGACUCUGUUGCACAAAAAUGUGCCUCACAGCAAUCAGCACCAGAUUCUACAUCAGCUCCUCCAUGUCCAGCCAAGGAUUCUGCUUCUGAAGAGACUGUGGACCAAUUAUCAGAAAAGCACACCCUAACCCAGGAGAUCACAUCUACUUCAUCCUCUUCAAAAAUCACUGAAUUCACUCCUGGGCAAAACUCCAUCAAGUCUUCAGAUACCUGUUCUUCAUCAGCAUGUGUCACUAAGACCACUGAGGUUAUCAAGCAGCAGCACACCAUCCAGUCAGUGACAUCUGCAACCCAGAGUCAGUCACAGUCCAAGCCAGCAGCUGAGAGUAUUGCAACUGACACUGCAACAGUAUCUUCAAAACAAGUCAGACUGGAGCUGAGUGAAAGCUUGAUUUUAGCCUUGUAUGCCCUGCAGAAAGCCCUGGGGGAACCCAAUGCCUUCAGCCACCAAGGAGCAAGGGCAGCCUACACCACUGUGCUGCAGGAAUGGCUGCGAGUGUCCUGUCACAAAACAGCCGACACAGCUGUUGUCAAGGCCUAUAUGGACACCUUCGCCUCAAUCUCCCCUCAGCUGCUGGAGUUUGUGAUCAACAUGGCAGAUGGCAACGGGAACACAGCGCUUCACUACACCGUCUCUCACUCCAACUUCCCCGUGGUGAAACUUCUGCUGGACACUGGCCUAUGCAAUGCUGACAAGCAAAACAAGGCAGGCUACACGGCCAUCAUGCUGACGGCUCUCGCUGCCUUCCACUCUGACAGCGACCUUCAGACCGUCCUGCAGCUGCUUCGCACAGGGGAUGUCAACGCCAAGGCCAGCCAGGCUGGCCAGACGGCGCUGAUGCUGGCAGUGAGUCACGGUCGAGGGGACAUGGUGCGGGCGCUGCUGUCCUGCGGAGCUCAGGUUAACAUCCGUGAUGACGAUGGCUCCACUGCACUCAUGUGUGCCUGCGAACACGGUCAUGUGGACAUUGUUCGUCAACUACUGUCCAUCCCAGGCUGUGAUGCCACACUCACUGAUAAUGAUGGCAGCACUGCUUUAUCCAUUGCCCUGGAGGCCAGUCAGAAUGACAUUGCUGUACUCCUGUAUGCUCACCUCAACUUUGCAAAGCCUCCUUCCCCUGUUUCUCCGAAGUCUCCUCUCUUGGGUUCCUCCCUUCCUGCUGUUGAACCAAAAUAAACAACUCCAGCUACGCAGCUAUUCCACAGAUGUUUCUUCAUCCAUGUAAUUUAGAAAAACAAUGAGUUUGUCUGAGUCUUUCACCCUGAAUGAUUUAGGUACAUUAUAAUGUGCAGAUAAUGGCAUGACAGAUUGCACCAUCCUCACCAUAAGUUUUUUUUUGUACACAGUUGUCUUUUUGUAACCUCAGCAGUGAUUGAACGUAUGUAGAAAGAUGAAGUGAAGGUGUUGCAGUUGUUAAUCAUCUGUCUUGCCAUGCAAACGUUUAGUUGUCUGCACUGUCUGUUACAAGUUAGAAGUGUUUUACCAAAUUUCAUUAUGCAGUUCAUUAUUAUACACCUUUUUCCUGUUUUUUUUUACUCCACAUCAGUCUCAUAUUAGUUUUUAAUAGGGCUAAGUGUGUUUGUUGUAAUCUGUACAAUAGCUGUUACAAAGUAUAAUUAUUGUGUGUGACCAUUACUGCCAUUUGGAAUAACAAAAGCCACCCCUGUUAGAUAAGUGUCCUUGCAUCAACUAGUCAUUGGUGCUACUAAAUAAUAACACAAAACACACCACCUCAACCAUACAUCAAUAUUUUUACACAAAACUGAUUUAUGCCAGAGUAUUUUUGUAUUGACACAUUUUUAUUCUGACUCAAUUCAGGACCUACCAGGAUCAUUAUUUUAUUUCCCAACCAGGAGUUGACUUGUUACCAGAAGACAAACUUUGAUUUAAAGUGUUGGCUUUGUUUCACAAACUCUGCCAAUAGAUAUAUCUCUUCCAUCAACUCUGAGACAAUAAACAUUAACACUGGUUUUUUUUCAUUAUGAAGGAGGAAAGAGGUUACAUAUGAGGUUAAUGAUUCGGUACUGUGCUUUUUAUAUUUAUCUACACCCCGAACCCAAAAACAUCUGGACACUGUAUUACAUGUAAAUAAAAACUAAAUGCAGUAAUUUGCAAAUCUUAGAAACAGUCAUUUCAUUCCCGGUAGAACAUUUAAAACAUCAAAUGCAAAAAAUGAGACAAUUUAACUCAUGACAAAUAUAUGGUCUCAUUUGUAAUAUUUGACCCGUUUUCUAUGUUUUGAAUAAAAAAGCUGUUUCUAAGAUUAGCUGAUUAGCUGAUUGCAUUUUGUUUUUUUUUUAUUCACAAAUUAGUGUCCCAACCUUUUUGGAAUUGAACUGGGGUGGUAACAUCUGAGGGUAUUUAGGUUGGUGUUUAGAAAGGAUCGCAGUUUAUCUGUGUGUAUUGUGUGCUAUAAGAUCUAAGAGGACUUCACUGAUGAAUAACUGAAAGCACUGGUGAAACUGGGAAGAUUUGUUGGGAAACCAGAAAGUGAGAGAUUUGGAUUUUAAAGCAUGCUCCAUGUAAGAUAUGAAUAUUGAAAUAAUAUAUGUUAGUAUUAACUUGUAAUUAUCAUGCCUAAAACCGAAAUCUUUGAACAAAAGUUCAUAGGCUAUUGAUGUCAAAAUUUCUAUUACUUUUUAAAGAUUUUUUCACAAUUUUCAUAAUUAUGUUGAGUGAUUAAAUUUUUAAACUUUAUAAUUUUUUUUUUUAUUUAAGUACCUAUCUUUUUAUACAUGUAGAAUUUUUUAAUCUCACUUAUGUAAUCACACAGCUAGUUUGAUAUCUGAUGGUUUAUGUAAAAUUCUAGACUGUGUCUCUUCUAAUUUGUGCAUUUUGAAAAAGAAUUAAUAAAUGUGGACCACAA